CGCAUUUAGUCGAUUAACAAUUCGCCAAAGUAACAGUUGAUUAUAUAAGCAUGUAUACAAAAGAAAGGAGGGAUUUAUUUGUAUUUGGAUUUAUUCUACAUGCAUAUGUAUGCGCAGGUGAAAUCAAAUUGUCACUGCAAGGAGCUACACUGUCGACAAACGGAUCAAUAUGGGACGAUUGGGUUAUCGAAAGAGCAAUCGAUGGAAGAACUGGUGGUGCUGGAGUAUGUGGAUGUUGUACCGCCAUUGAAAGGCCGACCUGGCUCCAAUUAAAUAUAACACAAGCCUAUUUUGUGACGCGAGUUGUACUUAAGGGUCGUACCGACGGAGCUUUCUAUCAGCUAAGGAAUAUUUCAAUGCUUGGUGGUUAUGACGAACAUCACAUGGUCGAAUUACAGGCCGCUAAUGUUUCUGAUACUAUACGAACCUAUGCGAUAAGUCCGCCACAGGCUAUGCAAGUAAUACGCGUCAUGAGUCAACUUGUGGAGAUUGAUUAUAUGGUCAUAUGUGAAAUAGAAGUUUACCGGCAAGAAGAUUGCAUAAAUGGAACAUUUGGCCCUAAUUGCGAAAAAAGAUGUCAUUGUCUGGAAGGACCGUGUGAGGCUAUAAAUGGUACCUGUGGGUCAAGGUGUCAGGCUGGCUGGAGAGGUUCUGCGUGUAAUGAAACCUGCGACAACGGAUGGUACGGCCAGGGCUGUCUUACCCAAUGUGGUCAAUGUCUGAACAACGCUGACUGUAAUAAGACUUCCGGUAUGUGUCCAGAUGGAUGUGCUGCAGGAUACAAAGGUUCUCUCUGCAUUCAUGCCUGCGACCACGGAUGGUACGGCCAGGGAUGUCUUACCAGAUGUGGUCAAUGUCUGAACAACGCUGACUGUAAUAAGACUUCCGGUAUGUGUCCAGAAGGAUGUGCUGCAGGAUAUAAAGGUUACCUCUGCAAGGACGAAUGUGAAAACGGAUCGCAUGGUCUUCGAUGUCAGAACAUGUGUGGUAAUUGUCAGAGCAAGGUGCCCUGCAACAAGGUUUCCGGCGUCUGCCGAGGGGAAUGUGAGCCCGGAUAUAAAGGGAAGAUGUGCAAAGACGCCUGCGACACCGGAUGGUACGGCCAGGGCUGUCUUACACAAUGUGGUCAAUGUAUGAACAACGCUGACUGUAAUAAAACUUCCGGUGUGUGUCCAUCUGGAUGUGCAGCAGGAUAUAAAGGUCUUCUGUGCAUACAUGAAUGCGAAAAUGACUGGUACGGUCCUGGAUGUGAGAACAGGUGUGGUAAUUGUAAGAACAAGGUUCCAUGUGACAAGAUUUCCGGCGUGUGCCCAGGGGAUUGUGAACCCUGUUAUUACGGAACGAUGUGCACAGGUGUUGCAGAGGAAAAGACGACUAUUGAACUUUUUCUUGGGGAGCUUGCAGGCAUCAUAUUAGCAGCCAUUGCGGCGGGCGGUGUUUGUAGUGUAGUCACGGUAUUUUGCUUGAGACACAGAAGACGUCAAACAUCUUCAUCGAAUAAAAUGGAAACACAUCAAGGAACGGCUGGUUCUGCCUACGAUGCAUUGUCACCAACAACAAAAGCAACUAGCCACUAUGACACACUGACAAUAACAAUUCCGCCAACGUCUUCUGCAUGCAAACAAAUUCCAACAGCCUUAAAUAAAGUUGAAGAAUACGAAAGGCUGCAAAUAAACCAAAAAACAAACGCUGCCACGUACGAAAAGUUGUCGCCAAAUUUAGCCACUGAGGAACAGUACGAACGAGUGGAAACUUAUUAAUUGCCCUGAAGAGAAAGCACAGUGAAUUAGGAACUUAUCAUAGACCACACCUCCGGAUUGAAAAAAAAAUCAUGCAUGCAAGAAACGCAGAAGUUUCAGCUAAAUGAAAUUGUUUGCGUUACAUAUGUGUACGAUGAUAUGAAUUUAUCUUUGAGAGGAAUACAGUUUCGUUUAUCAUUAAUCUUGAAUGAAUAUAGGACUAACGAUGCUUAAAUGAACAUUACUGACCAGUUUGUCUGUUUUGUACAUAGUAAAAUGACUUGCCGAGACAAAACACAAUAUUCGUAUUAUUGUGUUCAUAGUUUGUGUCGGUGAAAAAAGAUUUAUUAACAUAGGUUAGAAUUAGACGCCUUUAAACAUAGACUGGAAACUUCAAAGUUUGAAGAAAAUAAAGCUAAUAUAUCGCUGAAGUUAAGAAUUGUAUAUAUUUAAAUAGACUAUAUAAUUUACUGUGGCCCCAAAGAGGCAACUUUAUAAAAAAAUUGCAUUUUACAAAACUAAUAAUAGGAUAUAAGAACGGACACACCUCUCUCUAUACAAUACAGAAUUAGAUGAUACAUUCAGACAUAAGAAUCGCUUUAUAAUAUAGCAACCGUUGGUUUGACCUUUUUUAUGUUAACAUUUUAUAGUCAUCAUUUUGAGCAUUCUUUAUCAUAUAUACAUUGGAUAUUGUUAUUUAUCAGACAUGAUAUCACAGUUACUAAAAGUGAUGUAAACUGUCACUUCUUAGAAUGGCUCUUAAAUCAUGAGCUCGAUGCCAACGGAGUGUUUUACUGUUUCUGACUAUUUGCUGAUUUGUUUAUAUCAAAUUUGGCGUAUGGUGUAUUACAAUAUUUGAUUAAAUUAAUUCGUAUAACAGUUUUACUAAAAUGCGUAAAUGUAGAAUACUAUAUUGAAGUGUGACUUACACCUUUUUAUCAAAUGGCCCAGGGGUCUAUCAUUGAUGUAGACGUUCACAUUUUAUUGAAAGGUCCUGGGGCAUUAAUAUCGGCUUACACCUUUUGAUCAAAAGAUCACAUAGUCUAUUAUUGUCGUAGACUUUUGAUCAACAUGUUAAGAGUUCUAUCUUUGGUGUUACUUACACAUUGUGAUCAAAAUGUCCAGGAUUAAUUCAUUGGAUGCUUCCACAUAUUUUGAUCAAAAUGUUCCGGGUUAGAUACUUGGUGUGGACCUGCACCUGUUUUUAACAAAGUCCAGGGAUAGAACAUCGGUUUUGACCUACACAUUUUGAUAAAAAUGUCAAAAGUUAGAUAAAUAGUUUGGUCCUACACAUUUCGAUCACAAGGUCCGGGUAAGAUCUUUGGUGUGAAGUUACAGCUGUUGAUAAAAAGGUCCCUGGUUAGAUCAUGGUUGUGGACCUACACCUGUUUUUUACAAAGUCCAGAGUUAGAUAAUUGGUUUGGGCCUACACAUAUUUUGACUAAAAAGGUCCCGGGUUAGAUCUUUGGUGUUCUUUUGAUCAGAACGUUCAAGGCAAAGGUAGAUCAUUGAUGAGAAAGCAAUCAAGCAGUUAUCGCAUGAUCACCCUAGCAAGAAAUGGACCCAUUUGGACGUAACCUGGCGCCCCAGCUCCAAGUUUUAUCGAGGAAAGCGCGACCGACUUUCAGUUACCAGAAUCCUCCUUAAUGUCAUAGAGUUGCUUUAUUCUUCAACAGCGAAUAAUUUGUGUAUAAUAUUAGAUUGAACAAGUCUUUACUUUUAUUGUUGCAACUUUUGCAUCUUCUAUAAUGUUAUGUUUUGUAAAUUAUUGUUUGCAGUGUCAUGCCUUAAUCUCGCGACACUGGUACAUCGAAAGCAACGUACUAAACAUACGAUUUGUUUUCUAAUCCUUUGAAUGCAGUGGAGUAUUUUUUUUGCUUUCCUUGGUCUUGUGGUUUGUCACUACCGCAAUGAACUUAAAGUACAUGAAACUAUGACCGUCUGAAGUUAAAAAAACAACAUAUUAAUUGUAGAAGAUUUGUUUUGUAUUAUAAUCUUUUCGUCAUUUACAAUCUCAAAAUAUAAUUUAUACCCAAUCUUCA